CGGUACAGUGUGUCUCGGACGGUGUGCGGGUGCGGUGCGGAGCUCUCCCAAACGAUCGGUUCCGCUCCCAUCAGCCCGUCACCCGGUCAGAGGCCUCAACGGACCAUGGCGUGUGUUGAGCGGGCCGGCGGCGGCGCCGUCUGGACCGAGCUGAGCCGCUGGGCCAACACCACCGCCGGCCGACGGCUGGCCAAGACGCUGCUGGCCGCCGCCCUGUUCGGAGUCGGAGUCAAACUGUGGGCCAGACGCCGGCGUGACCAGCGCCGCCAGCGCUGGAGCCAGGCCGGCAAGGACGUGGUGGUGUUGCACCAGUUCGAGCGCGGCACCAACAUGCCCAACCUGUCGCCGUUCGCGCUCAAGCUGGAGACGUUCCUGCGCAUGGCCAAGAUCCAGUACGUGGUCGACACGGAGGAGCCGCAGGGCGUGCGCGGAAAGUGUCCCUGGAUCACCAUCAACGGGGAGGAGCUGUUCGACUCGGAGCUCAUCAUGGACUACCUGACGAAGCACUUCAACAACCCCAUCCCUGAGCAGCUGACACCGGCUCAGCAUGGCGUAGGACGUGCUGUCCAGGUCAUGCUGGAUGAACAUGCCAUCACGGUCGUUGGCUACAAGCGAUACGUCAUCGACGACAUGUCUUACAUCACCGAUUGCUUUUCUAAAACAUAUCGGAAUUACAUCCGUGUCCUGAGGCCAUUGAUCAUUUCUACAGUGAAGAAGAUCCUGCAUGUCAUGGGCAUCGGACGUUUCAGCGAGAAGGAGGCGUUCUUUUUCCUCUACCGGGAGCUGCGCGCGCUGGAGGACGUGAUGGGCGACAAGCCGUUCCUGCUGGCCGACGCGCCCAGCACGUACGACGCGGCCGUGUUCGCCGAGCUGACCCAGGUGCUGCUCGGCUGUGCCCCGGAGGUGGAGCGCUACGUGCGAGAGAAUCACGGCGUGCUGGUGGGGUAUCACGAGAGGAUGAAGGCCAAGUACUGGCCCGACUGGCAGCAGUGCCGCGCCGAGUAGGAACAGUGGUGUUUUAAGUUGGCACUGGUCACUGAAGCUAUCGCUCUAGCCUGCUAACCAGUGAUGUUCCGAACAGCUAAGUCACACGAGAUGUUCAAUGCAUAUGUCGACUGACAACAAGCUUUGUUGUAGAA